AUGAAUGUGUCUGAGGAGAGAGAGGACGGCGUCUCUGCCUCUGAGAAACAUUACAGCCAGACCAGAGACAAGAGCCAAGUGAAGCAGGAGAGACCAGACAGAGUUCCGGACUGUGUGUCGGUGAAGAGCAGCCGGUCUAUAAGCGAACCUAUUGACUUCAAGAAUGAAGAGCCGAUUGUUGAGCCAAGCACCGUGAAGCAGGAGACAACAGACACACCUGUUCCAGACUGCGUGUCCAUGAAGAGUAACCGAUCAAUAAGUGAACCUAUUGACUUCAAGAAUGGAGGGCCGAUUGUGGAGCUAAGACCUCACCGGAAGAGGUCAGAGGUUCUCAGUGAACGGCCUGACCUGAAGCAUCAUCAAAACCUGGACUCUGUUUUCUUGCUUCUUGAAGAAAACAUUAUGACUUUUGUGAGGAAUGAGCUCGAGAAGUUCAAGAAAGUUCUGGCUCCAGAAGAUCCACGAUUCUUAGAGGGGCUGAAAGAAGAUGAAGGUUUGGGCGGUGAAGAUGAAGAGCAGAGAAACAGCAACAGAGAUGCAGUUCUGAAACUCGCACUGAACUUCCUGAGGAACAUGAAGCAGAAGCAGAUGGCUGACUCUCUUCAGAGCAAAACUCAUGCUGCGAUUUGCCAACGUAAACUCAAGUCCAAACUGAAGGACAAGUUUCAGUGUUUGUUUGAAGGAAUUGCCAAAGCAGGAAACUCAACACUUCUCAAUCAGAUCUACACCGAACUCUACAUCACAGAGGGAGAGGGUGGAGAAGUCAACGCUCAACAUGAGGUCAGUCAGAUAGAAGCAGCAUCCCGAAAAACGCCAGGUUCAGAAACAACAAUGAGAUGUGAGGAUAUAUUUAAAUCCUUACCCGGAAGAGAUGAACCAGUCAGAACUCUGGUGACAAAGGGAGUGGCCGGCAUUGGGAAAACCGUCCUAACGCAGAAGUACAUCCUGGACUGGGCUGAAGACAAAGCCAACAACAAUAUACAGUUCGUCUUUCCUCUAUCUUUCCGAGAGCUAAACUUGCUUAAGGCAAAAAAAUACAGUUUGGUGGAACUUCUUCAUCAUCUCUUUAAUGAAACCAAAGAAGCAGGAAUCUGCAGGUUUGAAAAGUUGCAGGUUGUGUUCAUCUUUGACGGUCUGGACGAGUGUCGACCUCCUCUGGACUUCCACAACAACAGGAUCCUGACUGACGUUACAGAGUCGGCUUCUGUCGAAGUGCUGCUGACAAACCUCAUUAGAGGAAAACUGCUUCCCUCUGCUCGCCUCUGGAUAACCACACGACCUGCAGCAGCCAAUCAGAUCCCUCCUGAAUGCAUUGACAUGGUGACAGAGGUGAGAGGGUUCAGCGAUUCACAAAAGGAGGAGUACUUCAGGAAGAGAUUCAGAGACAACGAGCACGCCGGCAAAAUCAUCUCCCACAUCGAGGAGUCGCGAAGCCUCCACAUCAUGUGCCACAUCCCGGUCUUCUGCUGGAUCACUGCUAAAGUCCUGGACCAUGUGUUGAGAAUCAAAGAGAAAGAAGACCUGCCCAAGACCCUGACUGAGAUGUACAUCCACUUCCUGGUGGUUCAGACCAAACAAGUGAAUGCAAAGUAUCACAGCUGUGUGGCGACCGAUCCAGUCUGGAACACAGAGACAAAGAAGACCGUUCUCACCCUGGGAAGACUGGCUUUUGAGCAGCUGGAGAAAGGAAACCUCAUCUUCUAUGAAGCAGACCUGAGAGAGUGUGGCGUUGACAUAAACGCUGCCUCCGUCCACUCUGGACUAUUCACAGAGAUCCUCAGAGAUGAGCGUGGGCUGAGCCAGGACAAGGUGUUCUGCUUUGUCCAUCUGAGCGUUCAGGAGUUUCUGGCUGCACUCUAUGUCUUCCUGACAUUCAUCAACAGCGGGAUCGAUCUACUGAGAAGACGAAGCAGGUUCAGCUCAGUACGGCCUUUGCCAUUGCAACGCGAUAUCAACUUUAAACACCUCUACCAGAGUGCAGUGGACAAGGCUUUAGAGAGUCCAAAUGGACACUUGGACUUGUUUGUCCGCUUCCUCCUGGGCCUUUCACUGAAGACCAAUCAGACUCUCCUGCGAGGCCUGAUGAAAACCUCAGGAAGUAAACAAGAAGUCAGAGAGAUGUUGGUGCAGAACAUCAAGAAGAAGAUCAAGGACAAUAUAUCUCCAGAGAAGAGCAUCAAUCUGUUCCACUGCCUGAAUGAGCUGGAUGACCGUUCUCUAGUGGAUGAGAUCCAACAGUACCUGAGAUCUGGACCUAUCAUUGGAAAAAAACUCUCUUCCUCUCAGUGGUCAGCGCUCGUCUUCAUCUUACUGUCAUCACAAAAGGAUCUAGACGUGUUUGACCUGAAGAAAUUCUCAGCUUCAGAGGACGGUUUACUGAGGCUGCUGCCAGUGGUGAAAGCAUCCAAAACAGCCCUGCUGGGUGGCUGUAAGCUCUCACGGAAAAGCUGUGAAGCUCUGGCCUCAGCAUUCAUCACCAAGAAUUGUAGUCUGACAGAGCUGGACCUGAGUAACAAUGACCUGCAGGAUUCAGGAGUAAAGAUGCUGUCAGCUGGACUCAGGAGUCCCCACUGCAGACUGGAGGUUCUCAAGCUUUCGGGCUGUCAGGUCACAGAGAAAGGCUGCACUUUUCUGGCUUCAGCUCUCAUGUCCAACCCCUCCCAUCUGAGAGAGCUGGACCUGAGCUUCAACCAUCCUGAAGACUCAGGAGUGAAGCUACUGAAUGACCCCGACUGGAAACUGGAGACUCUCAAGAUCGAUCAUUGUGGAAAGUGUCGACUGAAGCCAUCACCUCUCAGGUAUUUCUGUGAGCUUUCACUGGACCCAAACACAGCAGACCGGAACCUCUUUCUGUCUGACGACAACAGAGGAGUGAUGGUGGUGGAUGAGGAGCAGCCGUAUCCUGAUCAUCCGGAGAGAUUUGACAGCUGGAAACAGCUGCUGUGUAAAGAAGGUCUGACUGGCCGUUGUUACUGGGAGGUCAAGUGGAAAGGAAAGGUUCACAUAGGAGUGACAUACAGAGGAAUCACCAGGAGAGGAGACAGCGAUGGCUGCUGUGUUGGAUGGAACGAUCAGUCCUGGAGUCUGUUCUGCUCGUCUCAGGGUUACACUGCCUGGCACAAUAACAAACCAGCAGACGUAGCUAAACCCCCGCGGUCUGACUCCAACAGAGUAGCAGUGUAUCUGGACUGGCGUGCCGGCACACUGUCCUUCUACUGUCUCCCCUCCAUUGUCUCUUCGGACAAACAGAUCCACCUCUACACCUUUCACUGCACAUUCACUGGACCCCUCUACCCUGCGUUUGGGUUUGGACGAGUGCUUGGCACGUUUUUACCUUCCUCAGUUUUUCUGUCACAGAUUGAAGAAUGA